CGGAGGGGGCGAAUCCGGCCGGUCCUUCGGGCGGCGCCUUUAAGGGGCUGGUCCGGGGCGGCCCGCCCAGCUGUCGGAGGGCAGCGCUCUCCGCGGGGAGGCAGGACCUGCCGGGCUCCGCUCCGCUCCUCUCCGCGCAGCCGCCGGCGCCCUGCCUCCCGGCCAGGUGCUCCGCGCUCUGCGGGGCCGGAUCCCGCCGGGGAGGCGCCUGGCUGCGGCUCUGGGACGGAGCGUGGCGAGUGGCCGGCGCCCAAGCCGACCCCCGCGCCCCUGCUCGGUGCUGGCCCAGCCCGGCGCUCGCCAGUCCCGGCCCUGCCUGCAGCCGCGUGGCAGGCCUCGGGCGGGCGCGGCGGAGCCGGGCGCCGGGCUGGGCGGAGAGGCCUGCGGGGAGCAGCCCCGUGCCGCGGCCCGGCCAUGCCUUCCGCGGGGCUCGGCGCCCUGUUGCAGGCGGCGCUGGCCCUGCUGGCCUCGGCCGGCCGGCCGCCCAACGUGGUGCUGCUCUUCGCCGACGACUUGGGCUUCGGAGACCUGGCCGCCUACGGCCACCCCACGUCGGCCACCCCCAACCUGGACAAGCUGGCGGCGGGCGGCCUGCGCUUCAGCAGCUUCUACAGCAGCAGCCCCGUCUGCAGCCCCUCCCGGGCCGGCCUGCUGACGGGGCGCUACCAGACGCGCUCGGGCGUCUACCCGGGCGUGUUCUACCCCGGCUCGCGCGGAGGCCUCCCCUUGGCCGAGGUGACCGUGGCCGAGCUGCUGAAGAGCGGGGGCUACGCCACUGCCAUGGUGGGCAAGUGGCACCUGGGCGUGGGGCCCAACGGCACCUUCCUGCCCACGCACCAGGGCUUUGACCACUACUUGGGGGUGCCCUACUCGCAUGACCAGGGGCCCUGCCAGAACCUCACCUGCUUCCCCCCGAACACGCCGUGCUUUGGCACCUGUGACGAAGGCGUGGUUCCCGUCCCCUUGUUCUGGAAUCUCAGCAUCGUGGAGCAGCCCGUCUCCUUCCCCCACCUGGAAGCCCGCUACACCGCUUUUGCCCAAGACUUCAUUGCUGCUUGCGCCCGGCGUCAACAGCCCUUCCUGCUCUACUAUGCCUCCCAUCACACCCACUACCCCCAGUUUGCCAGCCAGGAAUACACAGGCCAGACCCUGCGGGGGCCCUUUGGAGAUGCCCUCUUGGAGUUGGAUGGCUCUGUGGGGCACCUCCUGCAAGCACUAGAGGACAGCGGGGUACGCGACAACACUCUGGUGUUCUUCACUUCUGACAACGGCCCGGAAACCAUGCGCAUGUCCCGGGGGGGCAGUUCGGGUCUCCUCAAGUGUGGCAAGGGGACAACCUACGAGGGCGGGAUGAGGGAGCCUGCUGUGGCCUACUGGCCUGGUCGCAUUGCUCCAGGUGUGACACAUGAGCUGGCCAGCACCUUGGACAUCCUGCCGACAGUCGCGGCUGUGGCGGGGGUGCCCCUCCCCAAGGCCACCUUGGACGGCUACGACCUGAGCCCUGUCCUCUUUGAAAACAAGGAGAGCCCCCGCAAGGUCAUGUUCUAUUACCCGCCAGCUCCCAGCCCGUUGCUUGGUGUCUUUGCCGUCCGAUAUGGAAAGUACAAAGCCCACUUCUUCACACAAGGUGCCUUCCACAGCGGCACAACUCCUGACCUCGACUGCCACGGGCUGACCCCCUUGCUGUCCCAUGAACCCCCACUGCUCCAUGACCUGGAGUCGGAUCCGGCCGAGAACUACGACCUUCUCCGGGGAGGUGCUGUCGAACCUGAAGUUCUGGCCGUCCUCAAAGAAGUCCGCCUGCAGAAGGCCGUUUUUGAUGAGCAGAUGAAGUUUGCGGAGAGUCAGACGUGGCGGGGAAAAGACCCCUCGCUCGAGCCCUGCUGCUCUCCCCAGUGCCAGCCAAAGCCUUCCUGCUGCCGCUGUCCUGCGGCCUCUCGUCCCCACCUGCCCCUUGUUCCCCCCUCGAGAAUCGGCCUUUAAACUUCAGCUCAGCCAAGCGGAGCCCCUUCUAAACUCCGGUUGGCUUUCCAGGUACUGAAGUCACCUUGAGGCGAUCAUCGCCUCUUCCGCUCUGCCCAGUGGAAUGCCAGCUUGUAAGUUCCUUGGGGCAGAGCCACCCUCGUCUUCUCUUGACGGUUGCUCUGGGCAUUGAUGGAGCCCUUGAGCAGGAUCACGCUGCAGCGCCUCCUUCGUUGUGGUGGAGGGGGGGGGGGUAUUGGCCAUGGCCAAGUGAAACGUUGACAUCUGGGGCUUACUGGGGGUGGGGAGAAUACUGACUUCCGGCUCUUUUGAGUGUGCAUUCAAGGUAGAUCAUGAGAGGGAGGGCAGGAAGGGUUUCUUCAGCGCUUGCUUACACGUCCAGGGUAAGGGCCAUUUCCACCUUGGGGUCAGGAAGCAUUUUCCCCCCAGGUCAGUUUGGCCAGGGAUCCUAGCGGUGUUUUGCCAUCUUCUGGGCAUGGAGCAGGGGUCACUGGGAAUUUCCUGCAUUGUGCAGGGGGUUGGACUAGAUGACCCUGGAGGUCCCUUCCAGCCCUAUAUGAUUCUGUGAUCCAUGCAACCUUUUCAGUGUGAGAUGCCAGCGUGCCAAAAUAGCUUUGUGGUGUCUUGGCCACCUCAAAUGGCAGCUUAUGGAGCGGCCUGAAAGGAGAAGCAGAAUGUGGGGCUCAGGGCCUGGGCCCUCCUUGAAGAGAUCUUACUUUCCUUCCUUUAAAGUGGUCAGUGGCAGAGUCUGCUCCCUCCAGCCUGCCCCCUCUCCCCAGGCAUGGACAGCUUCACUGCUAGAAAUCGCGGCAGGGAUAGCAUUCCCCCUUCCUCCUUUACAGGUGGAAGAAGUGGGACCUGAAUUUCCUAGCGGGAUAGAGAAGGACCACCUUGACCUCGAUGGCCCAGGCAAGCCCGAUCUCAUCAGAUCUUGAAAGCUAAGCAGAGUUGGCCUUGGUUAGUAAUUGGAUGGGAGGCCAGGCUUGCAAAGGCAGGCGAUGGCAAACCACUUCUGUUAAGGUCUCUUGCCUAGAAAACCCUAGUGGGGGUCACCAUAAGUCAACUAUGACGUAGAGAAGGAACAAACCGCCUCCGCUUCUCUCUCUCUCUCACACACACACAGACACAGAGAGAGAGAGAGAGAGAGAGAAGGACAGGCCUGAUGUGAGCUGGAUGCAGGAGGAGAACCGAGCCGUCCUCCCUGCCAUUUUGGUUCUUGAGAUGUGACUGGUGGCAGCUGAAAGGACCUCCCGUUCAUGGCUGCAGAAGUUUGCCCCCGUUGGCAGUGAAGCCAGAGAGGUGGUGGUGUUAGCCUGUUGUCACAAAACAUAACAGAGAUCCAGUGGCAGGAACACUCUGAAGCCACAGAGAGGAAAGAAGGGGGGCAAAUGACGUUGGGGUCAGAGGCCACAGUGUGACUGGGUGUGGCUGGUUUCGGGUCUUACGGUGGUCCGAGCAAAGAUCACCCUCGCUCCCUGCCCUGCCUGGUGGCUGGAAGGCAGCCAAAGCCCUAUGCUGCAUCCCGGCCGGCUUUCUUGCACUGCCCCAGCUGUUCCUUGUUGGGGGUGGGUGGCCGGAGGACUGGCCCUGCUCAUGCCCAAACUGAGCAACGUGGAGAAAAGCAGAGUGGCUGAUCCAGGCCACUGCAGGUGACAACAGAGACUCCCGAGGGACGUCCGGCAAGCAAUUGAACGUGAGAAAAUUCUCUGGCCUGGUGGUGCACCUGACCAGUGUUGUCCAACCUCUCUCUGGAGUCUUCCUUAGAAGCGCUGUUUGUUGAAGGAUGGUGCCUGUCAGGCUGGCAACUAAACUGUGAUGCCCGGCUAUGUUGCCUCAGGCCCUGUGCCAUAGAGCCCGUGUGAAGUGUUGGCAACGAUGCCGUCUGCUGGCUUGAGUGCCAAGUAGCAUUGCCAGCAGGCCUGGUCUUGGGCCACCACCUUCCCACGUUGUCCUGGAAUGCUGUUUCCUUGCGCUUAUGCAAGAGCAGCAGUGGUGGACUAGUGCUGGAGGUCCAGGGGUGCCUUAAAUCAGCUGCUGUGUUUACCAAAAGGAGUGGGGAGGGUUGCCUUCGGUGCUCUUUCUCUGCCAACUGAGGGUCUUUGUGUCUCCUGUAUUUAUAGCUUCCCCUCCCUUUGUGAAGGAGCAAAGGGGGCGCGUGGCCUCUGCUUCCUUCUUUUCGCUGGGACCAGACCUUGUCCCCCGGUACUGCAGUGUGAUUUCUCAGUUCCUCCGUUCUUUUGACCUAAGACCGAGAGCGGGUUCUCGGGAUGUGUCCCAAAAGGCAACUUCCUCCUUCCGCAGCGUAUAGUUCCUGCUAAUAAAGGUGUUUCCUGGUU